CAACCCACCUGGUCGAGAGUUGCCAGGUAGCCCGUCACAGUGUGGCCAGAUCGCAGCGACGGCAGUGCAUUUUCAACAAAAAUAAGUUGAAGAAUACGUGUUGCAACAACAAAGGCAGCCCCCUCGAGAAGAAGUGCAACCGACCACCUAACGGGAGUUGCUCUACAUAUAGAUAAUCCAGAUAUCGGGCGAUAUAAUCCAGUAUGGCGGACCCAGAGCGACAGAGCCUGAUCAACAAGGACGACGGCAAUGGCUACAACUCGGUGGACGCCGUGGACGAGGGCGCCGACAAUCCCGGGAGCAGCUCAUCGGUGGCCACCAACGAGGACGGCAAUGGAGCACCGACGGCGGUGCCUUGCAUUGGACCCGAUGAGCUGCCGCCGCCGUAUCAACAGAGCACCAAUACCGGAGGCGUGCCCAUGGUCACCUGUCGGGUAUGUCAGCACAUGAUUGACAUCACCACGAAGCGGGAGCAGCACGUGGUCAAGUGCACCCACUGCAAUGAGGCAACUCCCAUUCGGAAUGCUCCGCCGGGCAAGAAGUACGUUCGCUGCCCAUGCAACUGUUUGCUUAUCUGCAAGAGCUCCUCGCAGCGCAUAGCUUGUCCAAGGCCAAAUUGCAAGAGGAUCAUCAAUCUGGCCCCCAGUCCCGUCACCCCGCCCGUGCCCACCAUGCCGGGCAUGUGCCGCGUCACCUGUGGCCAUUGUUCGGACACGUUUUUGUUCAACACGUAUCACAACGCCUUGGCCCGCUGUCCACACUGCAGGAAGGUCUCAUCGGUGGGCUCGCGCUUCGCCAAUAGCCGCGGCGUGAUGUUUGCCAUUGUGGCGCUGGUGUUCCUCAUCGCAGGCAUCGGCGUGACCGCCGGAACAUACUCGAUUGCUUCGGAUCACGGCGGCAUGUACUUCCUCUAUGUGGCGCUGUUCGUGAUCGCGGGUUGCAUGCUGGCCCGCUCCGCCUACUAUUUCCGCCUUAAAGUGAGCGCCAUCGAUGGGCCAAUGUAAAGCUAAAGCACGGGGCCAUCAGCAAAGGAAGUGCAUUGUUUUAUUUUUAUAUAUAUAUAUUAUUCAUAUAUAUCAUUCCUUUUGAUAUUAAAUUUAACUAAACACAGCAGCCAAUUUGCAGACGGAACAUUUGAAGAACAUUUCUCCAGCAGUCCAGCUAAAAAAAAUUCUUUAUUUCGAGCCAAACUAAUAGCAAACCUAGCUAAAUUAUCAAAAGGAGGUCCCCGUUUAAACCGUAAAAGUGAUUUUGAAAAGCAUAAUUAGGAUGUUAAGGCCGUAACUAACUAAACACUAUACUAAAAGCAAAUAUUUCGAGAGUCGCAGGAGCAGCUACCAUUAAAGUGCUAAAAGAGGAACACAGAAAACUGUAGGCAGUCAUUAGUUAUUAGACCAGCGACCGAUCAAUCCACUAGCUCUCCACUUUUUAUAGAAUCUUCAGGCCACAUUUUAGAGAUUGUACAGUUUUGUUGUUUAAGUGUCCGAUUUGUUAUCCGUUUGUGCCUGUCCUGCAACUAUUUCGGUAUUUAUUCUUCUCGUAUUCGUUGAUACGCUUUGAAUUUUGUGUUGCUAAGAAUUUAUCCAAUGCACUCUUCUCAGUUCCCGCCGAGGCAGAAGCAAGCGCUUUGUCCUUUGGCGUUAGACAUAAUUUAAAGGGUAUGCUAAUAGUGCUAAAUGAAGGUACAUACAUACGCGCAUAUAUAUGCCACACAUACAUAAUUAUAAUGAAAAUAAUAAACAAGGCAACACUUCUUGAACAACAGAGAACAAGCAACGCUCAUGCAGAAACAACAAUUUAGACAGCAACUGCUAAACUGCGAAAUUGAAUAUAUAUAUAUGAUUAAAAGGAACGGUUUACUUUUGAAAUAUAUAUAUACAACAUUUAUAUUUAGUACAUUAUAAAUUAGCAUACAUACACUGUAAAUAAAAAGAAAUAAAACCACAA